GAAAAUAUUUCCUCCACGAUGUUAAAGUAUCAUUUCAUAUAAAAUAUCAAUCGGGAAGUUUAGAUACUAUUCAGCCAGCUCCGAGUCCAGCUAUGAUCAACUUACGCUUGUUAUUGUUUCUCACACUUGGGGUAUUUGAUGAGUUAGUUUACUCUGCAAAUACUAACUGGUCAACAGGCAUGUACACCUGUGCGUAUACCAAUCAAAUACCUUAUUUUGAGGACAAUCUGGUACCGAAUGAGACAUGGAUUGGAAAGGCGGAAUAUAUUAUGAAUUGGGGCACAGUAACGCUACAGAUUGAAAAUAUACAAGGCGUCAACAAUUGCUCAGGGAUGUUUUCCCCUAUGCUUAAGUACAGAAUUGCAAAUUUUACCAAUGGGGAAAAAUGUAUAGCGGGAAGUUUUGAUUAUGAAACCAUGGAACUCAUCCAUUCACCAACAAAGUGCAUGAUGAGCCGAGGAAAUUGGACAACAGAAUACGUGGCAUGUGACAAGAUACUGGAGACUGUCUGCAACAAUACCAGCAACAUCUCAGAUCUGAAGAUCACAUUAAGCUUCGCUCUAAAAGAUACAUUAAAUACUCACUACGGGCCUGUUGGUUGUGACGUUCUCACGAUUUUGCAAGACCACUUGAAGUUGCAUUAUAUCGCGGCUGUGGUCAUUUUAGCCGUCGUUUUAGACAUACUGUGCAUUCAAUGCUGUAUUAAGUAUCAAGUAAAGAAAAAACUACGGACAAUAGAAAUCAAUCGUCUAGAACCUCGUGGUAGACCAGCCUCAGAAGCCAUUGAACGUAUCUAUAUCAACCGGGACCUUGCGUCCCAAAGCACUACAUACGAUGUGGUUGCAAACAUGGCAAAAAAAUCAGAUCUCAUCCUGUGUGACGAAGAGUAUGGCCUGCAAGAAUAUGACAGAGGAAUUUUACGAAGUGCUAAAGCUAACAGUGGUGACUAUGAUCUUGCCUGGCCGUACAACGGCUGGUCGGCGGCUCCGUCACCUAAUGCUGAUUACGACCACAUGGAGACGCUGAGGAAACAAAUGAUGGACACUGUACCGGAAGAAGAGAUUUACAGAAAACAGCGUCUGGUGGAAGAUGAAUAUGACGUCGUCACAGGAGAGCCUCAACAUGAAAAAGAGAAGAAUGCCGGGAAAACAGAAUUGGCAAAGAACGUCAGCGUCAAAGCCACUGGCAAAAAUACAAAAACAGCAGACGAUCAUAAUACCAUUAAAAGCAAGCAAACCAUGGUCAAAGGCGCGGCAAAACCAAUACAGAUAUCAGAAGACCAAAAAUCAACAAAAAACACGAAUGUCAAAGCAACAGUUAGUGCUACGGAAAUAAAAUAUUUACACACAGAGAGUGAAUACCAAGAUAUAGAUGAAAAGAAGGACCAACAGUCUGUCGAUAUCAAAAAAUCCGUACGUUUCAGCGAGGAAGGUCACGUUCAGUAUGGCACAGGUUUUGCUAACGAUAGUUGUAACAACAAACAAGCCACAAAAAUAACCGACUGCAAAGUAAAGCAGGAAAAAUUGGAAAAGACUUCAGUGAAAAUGGCGGAAACCAGAGCAACGCACAAAAAGUCUCAGAGCAAGAAAAGCACAGAUGGCAAUAAAUCUAAUAUUGGUGGGGAAAACAGUCCUUGUAACAACAGUACAGAAGUAUAUCAUAUUCUUGAGGUCAAAGUACCGGUAGAUAAGGAUACCACCCCAGAUAAAGUUUCGACAAAUGAAGCAGAGAAAAUGCUGGACGAGGCAACUGCAAUGCUCGUAGAAAGCAUUAACAGUGUGUCUUUGAACACAAAACUGUAAGCCAAACAAGGAGAAACAGAUUUACAAAGCGAAAGAUAUAAAUACUUUCAGCCCCCCCCCCUCCCCCCCCCCCCUGUAUCCCGUGCCUGUUAUGUUGAUUUAUUAAUUAUGUUAUGUUAAUUAUUUAAGUUGGCUACAAUAUACUGGUUUUCGAGUCCAGAUACCACUCCCCAUUACUCUUUGUUUGAAAUACAGAAAUAACACAACUUAUGAAAAAUUUAUAAA